AUGGUACUGCUGAGCCCAUCGAUCAGUGCCCUCAGGCGCCUAAUAAAAGUGUGUGAGUGCUAUGCGGAGGCCCAUGGGCUCAGGUACAAUACGAGUAAGAGCGAACUGAUGGUGUUCAAGUCCGGUACGAAGAGCUACGACACCGUGCCGCAAGUCACAUUAAACGGAGGUGUUCUUAAGAGAGUGCCGCAGUUCAAGUACCUGGGCCACUGGAUCACCGAGACCCUCACAGAUGACGUGGAUGUGGAGAGGGAACGCAGGGCGUUGUUAGUCAGAGCUAAUAUGUUAGCCCGUAGGUUUGCACGCUGCACUGCACAGGUUAAAAUAACCUUAUUUAAAGCGUACUGUCAGUCGUUUUAUACGUGCAGCCUAUGGGUGAAGUAUACGCAGAAGACUUAUAACGCCUUGCGUGUUCAAUACAAUAACGCAAUCAGGAUGUUGAUGGGGUUGCCGCGCUUUUGUAGCGCAUCAGGCAUGUUUGCGGACGCACGAGUGGAUGGCUUUGCAGCAAUACAUCGCAAAAAAAUUACGUCGCUGAUGCACCGCUUGCGGGGCAGCCCCAACAAUUUCCUGCAACUCAUUGCGGGGAGAAUGGACGCUGACAGCUCUUUCAUGGAGUACUGGACAAAACAGCAUGUCAGGUGUUCCUGA